AUGUCUCGUCACGUGCUUCUGUCCCGUCUUGCCGAGCACUUCCAAACCUCUUCGUUGCCGGGUCAAAGGUUCCCGUCUCCUGAGAGGAGCGUGUCUCCUCAUACGCCAACAUCACCCCGGUCUCCUCCACAAUCGCCCGACUGUCUCUCGCAGCCUCGCCUGGAUCUGUUACAUCUUGGAGACAUCGAAGUAGCAGGACGAGCUCUGAAACAAUACGCUAGAGCUACAGAACUUGGCGCUCUCAUGUACUGCAGUGGUUUGGGAGCGUUGUAUGGUGGUGCUGGUGUCUGGCCAUUGUUGUUGCCUCACGCGCCACCCUUCUCCCACAGCAUCGAACAUUCUAGAAACACACCACCAAGAGAUGAUGAUGAAGAAGAGUUACCACUAAAUCUAUCGACGAAGAACCGUCAAAUUUGGUCACCGGGUAGUGCCUGUGAGCGUGAACAGGUCGAUACUGAGAGGGAAUCGCCUUCACGUUGGGAUGGACCCGAGGAAGAUACUCCACUGGAACUUGUCAAGAGAUGCCAGAGCAGUCCUGACGCUGAACGAGCUCUGAGCGCUGAACCAAGGAGAUGCCCUUCAGCACCAGCAUACAACACCUACCAGCCUCCACCACCCUCCACAGACAUCAACUUCUCACUCCUACUCAAAAAUGAAAAUAAAAGUGAGAAGUCUUUUCAGUGUAAACAAUGCGGCAAGUGCUUUAAGAGGUCCAGCACUCUCUCCACACAUUUGCUCAUCCAUUCAGACACCAGGCCUUACCCGUGCCAGUACUGUGGAAAAAGAUUUCACCAGAAGUCCGAUAUGAAGAAACAUACCUACAUACAUACGGGUGAGAAACCGCACAAAUGCGUCGUGUGCUCAAAAGCAUUCAGCCAGAGUUCUAACCUUAUAACACAUAUGCGUAAACACACUGGAUACAAGCCUUUCUCCUGUGGUCUCUGUGAUAAGGCAUUUCAACGUAAGGUAGACCUCCGUCGCCACAGAGAGUCCCAACACUCAGACGUUGACUCCAACGCCAGUGCUUCACUCCCUCAACAUCGCUACAGAUACUACGGCGAGGAUUCAGCACCACUCGCACCACUAAUUUCUAAUUAG